GAAUGAUACUAAGAGUGAAGAUAUCAUUUAAUGGUGUAGACAAAUCGUAUAAUUUUUUAUUUAUAAAUUUAAUUACCAUGUUACACGAAUUGGUAUUAAUUUUAUUUUUAACUAGUGCUAAUGCAUUUUUCAACAUAGAUCAUGUUAAAGUUCAUUGCGUCUUUUCAAAACAUAUGUUAAAUAUUUUUGAACUCAAUGAAAAAUACUUUCAAUUAAAAUAUCCAAGUUAUGCAAAUUUAAACUACAAUAUGGAAGAUUUAAAAGAAUACGCAAAAAAUCUUCAAAGUCAAAGUUCUAUAAUUAUGAUUAUGUUGGAUGAGUUACGAAUGAAAAAUCCAUCAUAUUUUCCGGCUGAUCUAAUGACGGUAAAUUUAUACUUAAAUAAUGUACAGGGUCACAUUUUAAUGUUAAAAAAUAAUAUGCCUUACUCUCGUAAUGGAGUGGUUACUGACGAAGAACGUCUCAGAGAGGGAUUCAAAACUAAUUACAAUACGAUUGUUAGGCAUUUAAUUAAUUUUAUUGAUAGACAAUGUAGAAAUUUUGGUCUAUGUUUUGUGCCAAUCGAACCACGAUUUCAACAUUUAAUUAUAAGCUCUAAAGAAUGGACUGGUGGUAACAAUGAGAAUCAAAUAAACUUAGUUAAGGCCGCUAUAGAAAAAUUAAAAGAAAAAAGUUACACAGUGUUUAGGGAAUAUAUGGAAAGAGUAUCAUAUACUGAAUUUCAUCCAUCAAAUAUGUUGUUUUUUAGUUUAAUGAAUCCUUACAGUAAAUAUGAAAAAGAACCGGAAGUUGACGAUGGAUUAAAUUUAAUGCGACAUGUUAAAGUUGAAUCAAAUGCAGUAAAGAAUCAUGAAACAAAUAUAAUAAAUCUCUACGAGAAUAUAUUAUUAAAUUUUGAUGGAAAUUAUGUAAAAUCUUACCAACAGCAAGUAUUAAUGGCAACUAUUUAUCCAGUUUUUGAAUGCAUUUGUUCAUAUGCGAGUGUAUUUAACCUAUUAUUCCAAACUGGGUAUACGUUCAAAUACGAAAAUGAAAAAAAAAUUACAGCACUUGGUUUGUCUUUGAUAAAGGUGAUACGUAAAUUAGUUCAUAGUAAUAUAUUCGGAUAUGAAGUCAAUCAAUAUAUUAUAAAUUUACUUCGUGAGUUAGAUAAUUAUAAUUGGUAUAAAAACAUAAAUUGGUCUACUAGGAUUAUACCAGAAAUUAAAAAUGUUCUAUACAUUAAUCAUUUAGAACUUGAUGCAAAAAAAUAUCAUAUUCCAAAGAAACUAUUGAGUGAUAUAGAAUGUCAAGCAUUAUUGGAUGAAACAAAUGAUAAAAUUGAAAAAACAAAAAAUUAUGUAGAAGCAUUAUUAACUAAAAAAAAAUGGUAUAAAAUUGUUAAGAAUACUGUUAAUCAUAGUAAUAUAUUCCACAAUGAACCUUUAAAUAUAAUGAGCGUAUCAAUAAUGAGUAGUUUUAAUCCAUAUAAUAUCAAUGCUCAAAAAGAUAAUAAAAUAAACACAGAAGAAACAGCUAACACAGUUUUUGACAUUAAUUCCCCAAAGGUAGAUAAACCAGAUACGUUUAAUGUGAAUACCAUUUCUAGCAAUGAUAAUUCUGUUGCUAGUCCAGUAUCAUAUCAAAAAGAUAAUAUAAAAUUUAAUGAAGUAGAAUCCAUCUUACCAGAUACUAAUUCUCUUGAUGAUGCUAGUCUAGUACCAUAUCAAAAAGAAUAUUCUAGAUUAGAUGAUGAAGAAUCUGUCUUACCAGAUACUAUUUCACUUGGUGACUAUCCAAAUAGUAACUCUACUGAAAAUGACGAACCUAAUGAUGAACCUAAUGAUGAACUUAAUGACGAACCUAAUGAUGAACUUAAUGAUAAACCUAAUGAUGAACUUAAUGACGAACCUAAUGAUGAACUUAAUGAUAAACCUAAUGAUGAACCUAAUGACGAACCUAAUGAUGAACCUAAUGACGAAGUCUCACAGGCUGAAUUAACAUCAAAUAAACAAAAUGAAGGACAAGUUAGUAGACUAAGUAAAUUAUUCAGUGAUCUAGCUGAUAAAAAUGCCAAAGAGCAAAAUUAUUCUAAAGAAAUAUUCAAUAGAACAAUUAAGAGUCGAAAUAAAAAAAUCAGUAAAGUAUCAAUGAUACCUUCUAAUGCUUCCGAAGAAUUAUCUUAUCAGCAUGAAAAAAUCAAUAAAUUUGAACAAAAUAUAAAAGUAUCAGAAGAUGAAGUUAAACAAUUACAUUGUCUGUUUUCGAAAUAUGUUCUUCGUUUCUUUAAACUCAACGAAAAGCUCUUCAUUUUAAACAAUUAUGACACUAAUGGACAAGGAAAAUUUGGAAUGACUAAUUUAAUGAACUAUGAUGCAAAUCUUCAAUCUCAAUCACAGUAUAUUAAAGCAAUGUUAAAUGAAUUAAGGAUUCGAAAGAAAAAUUAUUAUGCAAAGGAUUUGAUGACAGUAAAUCUUUACUUAAACAACCUACAAGGAAAUUUAAAUAUUAUAGGUUCGUCGGAAAAUGUGAGUGAAUCUCCAUACUCUGAUCCUUUUAGUAAAGAAGAAAUUUUAAGAAAUAGAUUCAUCAAAAAUUAUAAUAUGAUUGUAAAAUAUCUAAUAGAAUCUGUAAAUUCUUACUGUAAAUCAUCUUGCAAAAACAUUGAAAUCGAUCAUCGUUUUGAUGAACUUUGUGAAUUAGUAAAUAUAUCUGAAAAGGAAACAAUUUACAAUGACCCAAAAAAAAUAUUGGCUGAAAUACACCUUAUGAAAUAUCAUGGCCUAGCAACAUUUAAACAGUCUAUUGACGGAGAUAAUUUAAAUGAUUAUCAUCCCACGAAAAUGAUGUUUUAUGACCUUAUGACAAAUAAUAUUAAGUUCGAUAAAUCAGCAUCAAAUUCAAACAAACAACAAAUAAAUGAAUUUCAAAAAAACAAACAAGAAUCUAAUGAUUAUGAAAAUGGACUAAGCAAUAUAAGAGAAGUAGUUCUAGCAUCUAACCAAACAAGUUUCACUAAAAAAACUAUACUUGACGCAUUCUAUUGUGUAUCUUCGAACUUCAGAGCUGAAUAUUUAAAAUCUUUCCAACAACAAGUUUUAGCGGCUACAGUAUAUCCAAUUUUAAAAUCUGUUAGUAAUUAUAUGAUUGCAUUUAAACAGGUGUUCUAUGUCAAUAAUCAAUUACUCAAUCAAAUAGAACCAAUGCUUAAAGUUGGUAAUUCUCUAGCGGAAAACUUUAGAAACUUCGUAAAUUUGUACAUACUACCCGAAAAAGUAAACGGAUAUUUAGUAAAACUGUUAAAUAAUGUAGAAAAUAUUAUAAAUAUCAAGUCUAAUAAGUCAUUGAACAAAUUCAGACACACAGAGUUGGUGUCUGAAGUAUUAUCAUUGUGUUCAAAGCCUAUGCUGUUAAACAGGCUUGAAUUCAAUGUAGAAGAUAAACCGGAAAAACGUUUGAAUAACGAACAAUUUAAUAUUUUGCUGAAUAAAUUAAACAAUGAAGUGAAUAAAACUAGAAAUUAUGUAACAGUGUUAUCAGUGCACCGACACAUUUAUAUUGUAAUUAGAAGAUCUGUACCACAUGAUGAUAUGUUUGAAAUUGAACCAUUAGACACUAUGGAUACAUGUGUAGCUGAUUGAAUGGGUACCUAUAAAGAUUGUAACGUCAAUAACUGAGGCCUUGUUCAAAUUUGUUAAUCAUAUUAUUAGUUCUCUUUUAUAAAAAUUAUUUGUAUAAUUAUAUUUAUGUAGUUAAUUUUUUUUAAAUUGUAUAAAUAAAACUGAUUAUUUCUAUUA